AUGGAGGGGCGGCAGGGGCCCUAUGACCGCGUCCCCGUGGCGAUGUCAUCGCCCCCUUCAGACGUGUGCCCCUUUUGCCGCUGGCCCCUAGACCGCUGGGUGCAGAUCCGGCUCGGGAAGAAGCGGUGCCAUGUGCUGUGCCUGGCCCAGUCCUCCCAGUCCUCGAAGGAGAAGGCCGCGGCGCGGGAGCUCUUGGAGAGGAGCCCGGGCCUGGAGAAGAAGCGCCCCGCGGCGCGGAUCAGCGGGGAGGAGGAGAGGACGACACAAGCAGGUGCCAGUGGAAAGGCACCCGACUGGCCUUUUCAGAGUUUGCCACCGGCGCCCGUCGCGAUCUUCCAUUUGGAGGGAGUCCUGGAGAUUCGGAUCUCCUCCAGCGGCUUGACCAGCCUCCCGCCGGAGAUCGGACAGGCGAGGCAGCUGGAGACCCUUUGCCUCAUCUCCAACCACCUGUCCACGCUGCCAGCAGAGGUGGGCCGGCUUGCCAACUUAGUUCACCUCUACUUGAACGGCAACUUCAUCACGACCUUGCCGGAGGAAGUGUGUCGCCUGCCAGCUCUGACCGAGAUUUGCUUGGACGCGAACCUGCUGGAGCAGGUUCCGCCCUUCACCUCUGAGAAGCUCGUGUUGUACACGGCGCCUGCCAACAAACUCCUGGAGUUGGGCUUCAACCCCUCUUUGGAGCGGCUGGAGGUGCAUGGCAACCAGCUCAGGAGCUUGCAGGACUGGACGUGGAAGUCCUGCUGCAACCUGGUGACCUUGAAGGUCAUGGGCAAUCAGCUCACGGAGCUGCCUGAGGAGGCGCCGAGCAGCGCAGGGAUUCGAAUCGGAUCCGUGCCGAUUCCCAUGGCGGAUGGGAUGCUGCGGUCCCCGACCUUUCUGGUCGGGGCGGAGAGGCAGCGGAAGAACUUAGAUGAAUUCAAAAGGAGGGAGCAGCAGCUGGCAGAGGCCUACCACAAGAAUAAGCCGCUCUGCUUCAAUGCAUGUUCCUACCAGAAGACCCACCCUGUGAAAGCGCAGAAGGGCCACAAGGACGCAGAUGCGUGCUUGACGGUGCCUUUGGUGCUUGGAGUGGCGGACGGCGUGUCUCAAAUCGAGGACUUCGGGAUCGAUGCUUCCAUGCUCCCCAACGAACUGCUUCAGGUAGUGGAGCAGCUGGGCAUGCAUCAGCUGAUCCCUGGUGCAAAGCUGACACAGGCUGACACCUACCGCGGCCCAGUUUCGAUGCUUAGAAGAGCCUUCGAGGCUACAGAGAGCCUUGGCUCCCUGACGGUGGUCUUGGCGGUUAUGGACAACAGCACCCGCAUCCAUGGCAAGCUGCACCCGAUGAUCGCCAUCAUCACCGUGGGGGACUGCGAGCUCGUGGUGCUGCGCCGCGUCCAGGGCCAGCGGGCGCCGCUGGAGCUGGUCUGCCACACAGAGAUGCAGCGCAUCGACGGGCACGCGCAGACCCCUUUGCAGCUGGCGCGGGUGGACGACCGCAUUGACCCCAACUUCCACGAGGCGUUGACGAUCGAGGUGAUUGAGCGAGGCUCUGCCGUGCACUGCGUCUCGGCCUACGAGGGGGACAUUGUGAUCAUGGGCUCGGAUGGAGUCUUUGACAACUUGUUCCUGGAUGAGAUCCUGGAGAUGGCCAACGGAAUGCUACCAGCCCAGGGCUUCAACCAGAGCUACAGCAACGGGCCGCCGGGGUCGCACCCUGGCGCCUUCAGCGAAGCGCAGCUCAGGGCCUUGGCCACGCGGAUCGUGGAGGCCUGCCACGCCAAGACGCGGCCGGGGCCGGGGGGGCAGCUGCUGGAGGCGCCUAUCGGUCGGGGAGGCAAGAAGGACGACACCAGCUGCGUGGUGGCGGAGGUCACCGAAUGGACCCCGGACCUGGCACGGCUGUGGACGGACAAGGGCUACGGGAAAAGCAGUGGCAGCAUGUGGGACGGCAUGGGCUCCUUCGGCUCCAUGUUGUCCUCGUUUGUGAACCUGAACAGCUGCUGUGUGGCGUCCUACGACUCGGACGACGAGGACGUGAGGAGAGAGAGCAAAGGCACCCGCGCCUUCCAGGACAAGGACAUCACCCCGGCGGCGCCGGCACCGGGGCCGGGGCCGGGGCCGAACCCGAAUGGGGUGCCAGGUGCGGGGGGCCCAGGGCCCUGCAACGCACCGGGGCCGCAAGGGCCCGCUCCGUCCAACGGCAAGCUGGGAGCGCAGAAUCCCAAUCCAUAUGCCCAGUCCAUGCCGCCGCUUCAACCCAUGUCCAUGCCAAGCAUGCAAGGCAUGCAAGGCAUGCAGGCUAUGCCCUUGGAUGCCAGAAGUUUGCAGAUGCAGAUGCAGGACGCGCAGCAGAUGCAGCUGCAGUAUCAAGCGAGCCAAAUGCAAAGUAUGCAGCAAAUGCAGUACCCCGGCAAUGGCUACUAUCCUUACCAGAGCUCCAUGAGCCCGCCCAUGAGCCAGCCCAUGAGCCAGCCCAUGAGUCAGAUGAGCCAGAUGUACCCUCCAUCUGGCUGCGGCUUUGGAAGCUGCGGAGGUGGUGGGGGCUAUGGAGGUGGUGGGGGCUGUGGAGGCUGUGGGGGCUGUGGAGGCUGUGGAGGUUGUGGAGGUUGUGGUGCUUAUGGUGGGGGCUGCCGCUACAGCUGA